UGUCAAACCCCGCUGUCCUUUUUGAAAAGCGCAUAAACACAAACACGUUCUAGGUUUUCUCUUCACUAUCCCUAACCCUCUCUGGCGACCAGUCCGAACAACUGUCUGGAAACUCAACACCUGAAGAAGCCAACUGCACUACAGUGCAAGACAAACAAACCAAGACUUUACUCCCUUUUCUGUAAAUCAGACCCAUAGCAGACAAGUGGCUGGAUCUACUGCAUCGGAAUCCGCCGAAGAUCUGGAACUGUUCCGCAGGAUCAAGAAGCGAGUGAGAAGAAAUCAACUGGUUUACACAAGCUCGUUAAAAAGAUACUGGAUAUAUUGGAUACUCGAAAAUCGAUUUUCGAGUUGUGCGCUACACCAUGAUGAUUGGAAGCAUUACAAAAUCCGUACUGUCUUAUGGAGUACCCAGGACCGUGGGAAGUAUAAUACCUUGUCGUCAGGCGAAUACAUUAGCAGAUGACAUAAACCAGAUAGUCCUGUUAGGUAGAGUAAACUCUGUACAUUUAAAUGAAAAAUCUGAUAAAGCUUAUGCAUCUAUUGGUUUAAUAACAAAAAAUACCUAUAAGUCUUCGACUGGUUAUUCUUCUAAAUUUGCCUAUCACAAUGUGUAUGUUUUCAGUCAACCGUUAUUUAACAAAAUCCGGAAUUUAGUGAAAGGUGAUAGAUUAUGCGUCACUGGGUGUCUAACUUCCUACUUUGGUGCAAAUGGUCAAUGGCGAUUUUCUGUUACAGCCAAUUCAGUUAGCCCAUAUAUUAUGGAGUCGACAAAUGAUGCUAUCGAAGGUGUUGAAGAGGAAGAUAUCAACGAUGAGGCAAAUGUUGAUGAAGUGGCGUAUGAGGUUUUAGUCUAUAAUGUCUCAGAGGACACUAAUAAUAAUACUACAGUCAGUCCUAAAGUAAUUGUAACAAAAGAAGAUCAUAUUGAAAAUUAGUAUUGUAUUUGUCCCUGGCUAGCGUAAUAUCUCCACACAUACAAACAUUAUCAAAUAAAUGCAUACACGUAUAUACACAAACAACAUCUGUAUAUAUUUCAAGUGCCAAGUUUGUUCUUCAUACAUCUUACAUCCCUUUGAAGGUUAAAAUAAACUUGUCGAAUUGUAUUUUCUGUCUUUAUGAAUUGUG